CGAGUAUCCUUUUUCCCGAAGCUGGCCACCGGCGGCGUCGCCGGCAUGCUCGGCGUCACGGCCGUCUUCCCCGUCGAUUUAUGCAAGACGCGCAUGCAAAACGGCGGCGCCGGCUCCGUGCAGGCCAACACGCGCUUCUUGGACGUCUUCCGCGGCGUGCUGCGCACGGAGGGGUUCCGCGGCUUCUACCGGGGCCUCGUCCCGAACCUCGUCGGCGUCUUCCCCGAAAAGAGCAUCAAGCUGGCGGCCAACGACCUCUUCCGCCACUUUGCGGCGCGCGCGACGGGCUCCCGCGACGCCGCGGCGCUGCCGAUCGCGACGCAGGUGGCCUGCGGCGCCGGCGCGGCGGCGCUCCAGGUCACGGUGACGACGCCCAUGGAGAUGGUCAAGCUCCAGUGCCAGAUGGAGGGCUUGAACGGAGGACAGGCGACGCCCGCGGGCGUCGUGUCGCGCCUCGGGCCCCGCGGGCUCUACCGGGGCUUCGGCGCGACCCUGGCGCGCGAGAUCCCCUUCGGCGCCAUCGUCUUGCCGCUCUACCCGAUCGUGCUCGACCAGCUCUCGCGAGGCGACGACCAGCCGACCACGGCGACGUUCUUGGCGAGCGGCGUGCUCGCCGGCGGCGUCGCCGCGGGCGCGACGUGCCCCCUGGACGUUGUCAAGACGCGGCUCCAGCUCGGCGGCGGCGCCGCGGGGAGCGUCGUCCGACAGAUCCUGCGCGACGACGGGCCGCGCGGCUUCUUCCGCGGCGUCGGGCCCCGCGUCGCCAUCUUCAGCGGCCUCUACGGCAUGAUGUUCCUCAGCUAC